AUGAGGUCCCUAUCGGUUAUGCAAUGGAACAGACCGGAAACCCCGACACUUCUUGGAUUAUGGCUAUUACUAAUUGUUGGUGCAAAAAUUGGUUUUCACCGAAUGCCAAGAGCUAGACAUUUCUUUCCUGAAUCUGCAGUUUUGAUUGUGUUAGGACUAUUUGCUGGUUUCACAAUAUAUGAGAUGUGGACGGUUGAUCUUUAUUUGCAUCCCGAUCUUUUCUUUCUUUAUCUUCUACCUCCUAUUGUACUCGAGGCUGGAUAUUUCAUGCCGAACAAGGCGUUUAUCAGCAAUAUUACAACGAUUUCUCUUUUCGCCGUUGCCGGAACGGUGAUUAAUAUCUUUUUGACAAGUUGUUUCAUUUUUGCCUGUCAAAACUUCUAUGACUUCAAUAUCACUAUUGUGGACACUUUGUUAUUUUCAACAGUAAUUUCUGCAGUGGAUCCGGUUGCUGUUCUAUCAGUUUUCGAAGAAAUUCAUGUGAACAAACUUUUAUAUAUCACAGUUUUCGGAGAAUCAUUACUUAAUGAUGCAGUUACAGUGGUCCUUUAUCACUCGUUCCAUUCCAUGGUCCGUAUCGGACAAGCUCACUUAAUCUAUCAAGAUUAUACAAUGUCCAUGAUGAAUUUUUUCCUUGUCUCAGGAGGUGGUAUUCUUGUUGGAGUAGUUUUCGCAGUUCUAGCAGCGCUUGGAGUGAAAUGGAGUGCCAAUGUGUCAGUUUUGCAGCCUAUCAUUUGUAUUACAGUGCCAUACAUGGCUUAUCUGUGCUCUGAAAUUGUGCAUGUUUCUGGAAUUUUGGGAAUCGUUGUAUGUGGUAUCUGUAUGAAAUCCUAUGUAACAGGGAGUAUGGAGGAAAGGGCAGAUAUUACUGUGAAAUACACAUUGAAAACUUUAUCGUCAUGUUGUGAAGCAGUCAUUUUUGUUUUCUUGGGAUUCUCCAUAUUUUCCAAAGAUCACACGUGGGAUAUUGGGUUUGCGAUAGUAACGGUCAUCACUUGUUUUGCUGCUCGUUUCUUAGUAGUAUUCAUUCUCUCCUGGAUUGCCAAUAAAUGGAGAAUGCAAAAAAUCUCACUCAGGGAUCAGACAAUUAUGGCUUUUGGUGGGCUCCGUGGGGCGAUUUGUUUUGGUUUGGUAUUAACAAUAGAUGGUGAAGUGGUCCCCGCAAAGCCAAUCAUGAUCUCCACAACUUUAAUUGUGAUAGUUUUCACUGUAUUCAUUCAGGGAACAAUGAUUAAACCACUGGUUUCUUUUUUGAAUGUCAAGAUAGAUAGUGCAUAUGACAAAUCAUUGUUUGAGAGCUGUAUGGAACAUUGUUUUGAAGACGCUAUGUGUGGUGUCGAGGCAAUCAUUGGAACCCAUGGGCAAUACUAUUGGAAGAACAAAGUUGACAAAUGGAACACACAAUUUCUUGAACCCGCACUGACUAGACAAGACAUGAAUCGAGGGAGGAGGUUGGUGAAAAAGCUGACGGAUAUGACAACUGACGAGCAGCGAGUUGCACUGUUGCAUGAUGACGUGGUGGAGCUGGAUCCGUAG